GUUCGAAAGGCCUGCAACAGACAUGUCACAUGACGUCGCCUCGAAAGUUUGUCACUGCAGGUGGAGCAAUUAUGAAAGACAGAUGGCAGUCAUCUCUUGCAGCUUGCCAUAUUUACACGACAACGCCCUCUAUAGUUCCGAGCCAUCGCCGAUUCCUUCUACCAACCAGAUCACUGUCCAUGACCUUCAGCUUGGUCAGCGUAGGAAGAGUUCCCGGAGAGUCUUUCACGUGCGUGCAUGGAUCGAGCUAUGUGCAUGCUUCACUAGGCCUGCAGAGCUUCACACACGUCGGAAAAUUGCUACAUGCAUGUGCCAGGGUCAACGAAGCUCCCCUCAUCUAGGAUACAAUGAAUUGACAUGUGGUGACGCUUGCCCUAACACUCCGGUGAUUCUUCUCGGACGUCUUAUGUCAACCCUCAAAUAUCUUAAUUGCUUUCCACCAACAAGUACUGCCUCGAAAACAUCUUUCUUCGUGAUCCAUCAUCCCUCGUUUCACGCAUGUGAGGGAUCAUUUGGUUACCAGAAACUGCCACAACUGCCAAGCGGCUCACGACUCCCUACGCCCGGAAACACGUACAUGCUAUGUGAAAGUCAGCCGAUACCUGGUCUAUGGAUCCUACAAGAUCAACAGGCACAUCUCCAAUGUGAUCAGAAGCCAUUGUGGCCAAAAGUUGGGCGACCGGGGAAACGUCGGGACAGCGCGGUCCUCUCGCAAUCACGGCCCGGUCUACCGAAUGUCAAAAAUCAACAAUCUUCUCUCAACCUCGUCGAGUAAUAUCACGAAAUGUCAUGGUCACCCGACCAAAUUGCCGAAAUAUAGCCAUUAUAUGUACAUUGAUUAGCUUUUGUGCUACGAGAACUUUCUCCCAUUUCAAAGUCAUCUCCCCAGAGGAAGCCAGGGCAAACUGGAGAACAAAGUCUGCGAUAAUCUCUUUCAUCCACUUCAUCGGCAAUAAAUUGAAGACUUUAGAAGAAUCUUCAGUUAUAUUUCAUUAUAAGCCAGUACAUUAUGGAGCAGUACAGUGAUCUUCUCUGGCGGGAGGUUUCACCAGGUCGGUACGAGAGAAACAUUGAUGAACCAGAGCAAUUCUACACUUCAAUGGCAAAGACAUAUGAAGCAACAGGGCAUACAUAUUUUGCAAUCACAGCAUAUACUGGAAUUUCAGUAUCAAGAUCGUCUACAUCAGAGGACUCUGGCAUCGAUGCGCGUGUCGAGAAAGCUCUCCGUUGGGCUUGGAAGAAGCUCAGGCACGACCACCCUACCCUUGCAGCACCUGUGGAGUAUGAUCAUGAAACCAAAAGAUGCAAGAAGAUGUACAAAACUCUAAGGGAUAAACAAGAAGUGGAUACAUGGAUGUCUGAGACCUUCAAAGUGGUCGACCAUGUCCAAACUGGUGAAGCAUUUGCCAACACUGAUCCGCCAGUUGGAUCUUACGCAACUUUGUAUAUCGUUACUCCCCCGACCUGUUCUCAAUCAGAAAAGAAUUUUCUCAGACGAGAUAUCAUUUUCCGAAGUCACCACGAUCUCGUCGAUGGUGUCGGCACUCUCAUGCUACUCAACAACUUCCUUCAGCACGCUUCAACAGCCUUCGGAGCUGUUACAGAACUACCUAUCGAGUUUGGAGCUGAAUACAGGAAUCUUUCACCCCCUCUCCGGGUCGCGGCUGGUAUCCCACAGUCUCCAAACGCCGAUCAAAAAUCGAAGCUUGCCAAGUUACAUUCAAUCAAUGAGGCUUCCAGGACUGGCAGCGAAGUCCUCAGCCUUCCUUUUUCUUCGACUGUUCAGACCCCUGGCAACUCUCAGCGUACUGCCAUCCAUUUUUCUCUCGGAGAAAGUAGUAGUAUUCUAGCAAAGACGAAAACCUUUCGCUCAACGGUCACGCAAGUCUUUCACGCUGCUAUUGCAUUGGCAGUACGUGAUCUACAACCAAAGACUAGCCAGGUACGCCCAGGUCGAUAUUUCAGCUACUCCCUGGUCAACCUUCGACACUGCUGUAUACCUCCAUACCACAAGCCACGCCAUGCUGCCUCAGUGUAUCACUGCGUAUCUGCGAAUCACCUUGUCGUCGAUCUCACUGUACCUGCCGAGUCAACGAUUUCGGCGGAACAGGCACCCGAGGAAUUUCUCACUACCCUUGAACAAGUCCGGAACUUCUAUCACAACGCCACCAUCGACGCCGAUUAUCUGAGCAUCGUCCCGUCGUUAUUCACUGCCGUCACGCCAGAGUAUCCAACUUCUGUUAGUAAUAUCCCCGCACCAAAUCAGAGUCCUUCGGUAUCGCUCUCCAGCCUCGGAAUUGUGGACCGUAUCGCGCAGCCAGAGCAUGGCGCGUUCGAAGUGAUGGAGCCGUGGGUCAUGGGCGCUGAGUAUUCGACUGGUAUCGGAGCAUUCCUAUCGACAUGGAACGGAAUCCUGUGCCUUAGUGCUGGCUACAAUGAAGCGUUUCAUUCGAAGGCAGAAGUAGUGGAUUUCCUGGAGAGGGUGCAGCGGAUUGUACUUGAAGGGCUGGAAAUAUAUGGCUUGGGUUUGGGCGAUGGAAAUCAGUUACCGCUAAGGACGGGCUAACAGACUGCUUCAAAAGUCUCUCUAUGAGUUCAGAUACUUUAAUGGAAACCUCGUUCUCUUUUCCAUUGCGCUUCACGACGUUCGGGAUUGUGAAGCUAGGAUCGCUUAAUGACACGUGACGCCAUGCCCGAUACGGUUGGAAGUCAAUAGACCGGAAGAUGAUCAGGAUCCUUAGCGUCCAAUCAUUAUUUGCAAUUCAUAGGACUUCUGUCGCCCUAAAAAAGUAAUCUGAAUGGUCCUGCCGUAUUUUUCUCCAUUUAUACACCACCG